AUGACUAUCGAAACGCAAGAGUUUCCUCAUGGAGACUUUUACAUCAAGUCGGCAGCUUCUCCCUCCGGAAAUUCUACGACUGCCGCACCCGCUCAGAAUUUAGUUAUCGACAUUGAGCGUGGUGGUUUUGGGGGUUUCUUUGGUAAUCCCAAGACUAACGUCCAGCGUCAAAAGAGUAAUACUGAUCACGAUUCAAAUCAAUUAUGGAGAUACGACAACGGCUGGCUAGUUAACAAGAAUUCGAACAAUGUCCUCGAAGUUGAAGCGGGCAAACCCGGUAAUCGCCUCGUCCUUGCCCAACGAAAAGCUCUCGUCAAUGCCAACAACCAACGAUGGAUUCUCACGAAAGAAGGUCAUAUCGCUUUACAACAAAAUCCGCAACUCGUGUUAGAAAUCAAGGGCGCCGUAAAAGAUGCUGCGCAAAUCUUGUUGGCCGACACUAGUUCAAAAACUUUCGGAAAAUCUAGCAAUUCUGCAGUUUGGGUAGUGAUACCUACUAGCACACCUAAAUCUGCCAAUGCUAUCGGUGUAUUGAGAGUCGAGUUUGUUCAAGCAAAGGACGUUUUGAAUGUCGAUAAUUGGGUUCCUGGAGGCAAAUCCGAUCCUUAUGUUCGCGUCUUUCCAUUUGGAAGCAACAACAUCAUUGCUUCUACCAGAGUCAUCGACGAUGAUUUGAAUCCCGUUUGGAAUGAAGUUCACUAUCUGCCAAUAAAACAAAUUAACGAGAAAUUUAUAUUCGAGCUGAUGGAUUCUAACACUUUUACAAAAGAUAAGACUCUCGGCAAGAUAACUUUCCAAGUUACUGAUGAACUUGUCAAAUUCAACAAGGGCGUAUAUGUAGGCACUGAGAAAGGUAUCGACAGAUGGGAAAAGCUACCAAAGAAGGGACAGCUUCACUACCGCGCCAAAUUCUUCCCUCUAUCAACUCUUCAUCAACCCGGCCCAGACUUUCUUGAAAAUCUUCGCAAGAAACCAUAUGACCUAUCGGCAUUCUACACUCUUCUAUUCCAUCAAGAACCAAAUGGCAGUUUCUUGCCGUCAAAUGGAUUAGCCAAUUUGUUUGGUUUAGAAACAGGAACUCUACUUGUUCAGAAAUUCAAAGCCGAGUGUCAGAACGAGAAGGCGCAAAAAUUGAGCGAAGCCGUUUGGGUCACGAGUAUGGUCAUUUGGUUCUUGAAACUUUUGUUGAAAGACUAUCAAGGCGAGUGGAGUGGUGUCUAUGAUCGCGCGGAGCGAUAUAUCGGUACCACAGUUAACAAUUUGGAAUUGGAAGAAGUCGUUUUCAUCGCUGGUGGAAAUGCUGUUAGCAAGCUGUUUAACAUCUCGCUAGAUCAAAGCUCUUUGCUUACGAGGCCAUCCCGCAAAACCGUAAAGGUUAGCCACAUUCGUCGUACCUUCCAGUACCAAAACAGUAAUGGCGCCUUCAGGAUAGACGAUGACUUGGCCAAGAUCAUUGGUUUCAAGAAUGCAGAACAUCUUCGUACUAGCAUUAAUGAAGCAGUUUCCAAGCGCAAACUAAGUUCAAGGAUAACUCAACUCGAAACGCACGUCUGGGUUACUGUUUUCGUUCUUCAUUACUACCGUUACGUGGCUAUAGAUCACCGAGAAAUUUGGAUUAACAGCUAUUGGUCGGCUUACCGAUGGCUUUGGGCCCAAUUUGGAAACAAGGAACCAGUUGAAAUCGAUGCAUUCCGCGUCGUAAAGGACAUUGCUAUUAACCAUUAUUCUAUCGAUAAAGAAACAAUAGAUCUUGACAUUACCUGGGAAAAAGAAGUUUCAUCGCAAAAGAAAGGACAAUUGCACCUUAUAUGUGACUUUUAUUCGUUCACCGACUUUGACGUGGAUCAUGGAGUUAAAAUUGACACCUCCACCAUAAAUAUUCGCCACCUGUUCCUUCUCAUUACGCUUCAGCGAACAGAUGGUUCUUUCGUACUUAACAAGCGCUUGGCGAGACUGUUCAACUUUUCAUCCGAGGCUGAACUUAUCACUGCAUUUACAGCUCAAAUUUCCGACGACGAACAGCUCAAGUUACUCGACAGGAAAGUCUACACCGCAGUCCUUGUGACUUCGUUCAUGAGAAUCUUAUUGUGGAAACAUAGCAAUGAAUGGAUGGGAAGCUGUGCAAAGACGGAAGAAUGGAUCAGCUUAAAUAUAAAUGAUGAAGAGGUUGAAGAACGUCUAUAUGUUGCCUCUAAUCGCUUCGUGAUUGAUCUCUUUAAAUUUGAUCAAUGGGAAAGCGAGGAACACAAACGCGUUGUUGUCACUACGACUCAAAAAACAAUUAUCACUCGACGUACCGUUACCAUCCGCAUCGUUCGCCGCUUUCUGUCAUAUCAAAGUGAAACCGGUUCGUACGAACACAAUCAAAAAAUCACAGAAUUGCUCGGGUACGAAAGCAUUGACGAGUCCAAGCAACAUUUGGACGUACACUUUUCUUCAUACUCAAAGGCAAGCAAGAUAACCGAAGAAGACCGUAAGAAGUUGGCACGCAAAGUUGAGGAGGAAAGUGAAACCAAAUCUGAUAGUAUAAUCGGUAUUAUCAGACUAAACAUCCGUCGUGCAAAGGACCUUUCAAAGAGCAGCAGUCUUUUUACAACAACAGAUCCCUAUAUCCGUAUUAUCGAUGGUUCCGGUAAAAAAGUUGCUACCACUGUAAUAAAUCGUUCUACUAGAAAUCCAGUAUGGGAAGAGGUUCACUUUGUAUCCGUUUAUGCUCCGAAUGAGAAGAUCAACCUGGAAAUUUUUGAUUCGAACCUCCUGACCGAUGAAAAUCUUGGACACUAUACCCUUGAUAUUUCUGGUUUUGUCAAACAGAAUGAUGAGGGAAUAUUUGAGAAUGGCGAAUUCCCAGAGAGUUGGGUGAAAGUUCAGCUUCCCAAUGGCAGUGGCACUCAAGGCGAACUCCAAAUCGGAGCGAAAUUCUUCUCGACAGCUCUUAUUCUCGAAGACAAAUUCAUCUUUUCGCCGACAACUGUCAACGAGCGCUUGUUUUACAUUCUCAUCAGCUGGCGAAGACCUGAUAAUGCGUUCGAAUUUUCGUAUGGCCUUGCGCGGUUUUUCAAUUUCACUUCGGCCGAGGAAUUGCGAGAUAUCAUUACGGGUAAAAUUAUUACGCGCAAAACCAUUACCAUCCGCAUUGUUCGCCACUUCUUGACAUACCAGACUACGGAAGGCCGUUACAGCCUUAAUGACAAGAUAGCCGCUUUUUACGGCUUUGAAAGCACGACUAAGUUUACGGAACAUUUACGAAAGCACUUUAAAUCUGAUCGCGUCAAGAAGGUGCACAUUGAUGUCUGGGUUACGGCAGUCACUUUGUGGUAUAUGAGACUGGUCGCUGUUGAUUAUCGAGCGGAUUGGAGUGAACGAUACAAUUCGUCCUAUGUUUGGCUAAAGAGACAAAUUGACCAAGAUGCUCAGCUCGAAACGGAAAUAUUCGAAUCUGCAAAGAAAUGGGUAGUUGAGAGAUACGAAGUUGACAAAGAGGCUAUAGCCGCUGACGACAGUUUUGUAAAGGAACAAGAGAAUAAAACCAAAAUUAUUGAAGCAGAUAACGAAAAGAAGAUAAAAGAAGGCGCUGUAAUCAUCAUGACUCGUCGUCUUAUUACUCUCAACUUUGUCAAGAAAUAUAUUUCGUUCCAGAAACAUGAUGGGCAGUUCACCGCGGACGCCGCCUUUGUUAAAAUACUCGGCUUUGAAUCUCGCAAAGACUUUGAACAAGACAUUAAUUCUAUCAUACUCUCAGUCUUUAUUUCUUCGUUCCUCAAAACUCUUUUGUGGAAACACAGAAGUGAAUGGCUAGCCUUCCAUGCCAAGACUGAAACGUGGAUCAGUGAAUCAAUCAACGACGUGGAAGUUGAAGAACGAGUAUACGCAGCAGUGAACAGCUACGUUAUCAAGCAUUACAAGAUUUUGGAGAAGGACGAAUCGUUUAAGGCAACACUGAAAAUCACCAACGAGACAGUGUCCGAGGAAGUUAAGAAGCAACUUGAAAUUGACGAAGUCGAGGAAACCGUCGUUGCAGAUGUUGUUAACGAAGUUGUAGUCGGUGUCGUUAAAAUCAAAAUUGACCGAGCAAAGGAUCUUCUUUCGGGUGGAUUUUUCCAGACGACUGAUCCCUAUGUCCGUAUUCUUGACGCUGCAUCUAAAGAGAUUGCUAGAACGAAAGUUGUUGCGAAAACAAAAAAUCCUGUCUGGGAAGAAGUCCACUUUGUCUCAGUUCACGGCGAAAAGGACAAAAUUACUCUGGAAAUUCUUGACGAAAAUCUCUUCGUUGACGAUACUCCCCUUGGACACUACGUCUUACAUCUAUGCGAAUUGAUUAAACGCAAUGCGGACGGCACAUACAGUAGCGGAAAGCGUUUGGACAAAUGGGAAAAGGUUACACGUCCUGAUGGAAAAGGUACAAAGGGUGAGAUUCACAUUGAAGCCCAAUUCUCUCCUACCAAGCUGUCAAUCGAUGAGCACUUCGUCUUCAGCAAAGACAAUGUCGAUAUCAGUCACUUAUACACACUUAUCAGUUGGAGACUCAGUGUUGGCUCAUUCGAAGCUACCGACAAUUUAGCCCGAUACUUUAACUUCAAGACUCAUCUAGAAUUAAUUGAGGCCUUUAAGACGCACGUUGUCGAGAAGGAGGUAUUCACUAUUGACGAAAGCUUUGUCAGUGCCCAAAAGGAAAAAGAAGAAGUACUCGAAAAAGUGCGGAUAGAAGAAGAAAAGAGACUUGCAACGAUCAAGAUUGAAACAUUGAAGACAUCUGGCGGCGGGAUUUUUGGUUAUUUUGCUAGAAGUAUAUCCGGUGGGAAGACAGUCGAAGAGAAGAAAACUGAAGUAACUGAAGUGAAGAAGAAAACCGAAGAGAAGAAGACCGAAGAGAAGAAGACCGAAGAGAAGAAGACCGAAGAGAAGAAGACCGAAGAGAAGAAAGUUGAAGUAACUGAGAAAAUUGAAUCUAUCAUACUCUCAGUCUUUAUUUCUUCGUUCCUCAAAACUCUUUUGUGGAAACACAGAAGUGAAUGGCUAGCCUUCCAUGCCAAGACUGAAACGUGGAUCAGUGAAUCAAUCAACGACGUGGAAGUUGAAGAACGAGUAUACGCAGCAGUGAACAGCUACGUUAUCAAGCAUUACAAGAUUUUGGAGAAGGACGAAUCGUUUAAGGCAACACUGAAAAUCACCAACGAGACAGUGUCCGAGGAAGUUAAGAAGCAACUUGAAAUUGACGAAGUCGAGGAAACCGUCGUUGCAGAUGUUGUUAACGAAGUUGUAGUCGGUGUCGUUAAAAUCAAAAUUGACCGAGCAAAGGAUCUUCUUUCGGGUGGAUUUUUCCAGACGACUGAUCCCUAUGUCCGUAUUCUUGACGCUGCAUCUAAAGAGAUUGCUAGAACGAAAGUUGUUGCGAAAACAAAAAAUCCUGUCUGGGAAGAAGUCCACUUUGUCUCAGUUCACGGCGAAAAGGACAAAAUUACUCUGGAAAUUCUUGACGAAAAUCUCUUCGUUGACGAUACUCCCCUUGGACACUACGUCUUACAUCUAUGCGAAUUGAUUAAACGCAAUGCGGACGGCACAUACAGUAGCGGAAAGCGUUUGGACAAAUGGGAAAAGGUUACACGUCCUGAUGGAAAAGGUACAAAGGGUGAGAUUCACAUUGAAGCCCAAUUCUCUCCUACCAAGCUGUCAAUCGAUGAGCACUUCGUCUUCAGCAAAGACAAUGUCGAUAUCAGUCACUUAUACACACUUAUCAGUUGGAGACUCAGUGUUGGCUCAUUCGAAGCUACCGACAAUUUAGCCCGAUACUUUAACUUCAAGACUCAUCUAGAAUUAAUUGAGGCCUUUAAGACGCACGUUGUCGAGAAGGAGGUAUUCACUAUUGACGAAAGCUUUGUCAGUGCCCAAAAGGAAAAAGAAGAAGUACUCGAAAAAGUGCGGAUAGAAGAAGAAAAGAGACUUGCAACGAUCAAGAUUGUCGAUUUUCAAGCCGGUAGAACAAAGACGAUCGAAUCAACCGGUACUUCUAAGAAAAUCAAAUCAGGCGCGGUUGAAGAAGAGGAAGUGAUUGUUAAGACGACUAAAGUUACCGGAUCGCAUGUCAAACCUGCUGAAACUAAGACAGAAACUCAUAGCGAAACCGUUGUAGAAAAGGUUGAAAAAGGAGGGCAUGGCGAAAGGUCCUCGCACAGCGGAAGUCAUUCAGGAGGCCAAGCGACUGUCGAAACAAAGACCAAAACAACCGUAUCAGUGCAUAAGGUUCCCGAGACUACUACUAAAGUUACCGGGUCGCAUGUCAAACCCGCUGAAACCAAGACAGAGACUCAUAGCGAAACCGUUGUAGAAAAGGUUGAAGUAAUUGAAAAAGGAGGGCACGGCGGAAGUCACUCAGGAGGCCAAGCGACUGUCGAAACGAAGACCAAAACAGCAACCGUAUCAGUACAUAAGGUUCCCGAGACUACUACUAAAGUUACCGGGUCGCAUGUCAAACCCGCCGAAACCAAGACUGAGACACAUAGCGAAACCGUUGUAGAAAAGGUUGAAGUAAUUGAAAAAGAAGGGCAUGGCUCGCACGGCGGAAGUCACUCAGGAGGCCAAGCGACUGUCGAGACAAAGACCAAAACAGCAACCGUAUCAGUGCAUAAGGUUCCCGAGACUACUACUAAAGUUACCGGAUCGCAUGUCAAACCCGCUGAAACCAAGACAGAGACUCAUAGCGAAACCGUUGUAGAAAAGGUUGAAGUAAUUGAAAAAGAAGGGCAUGGCGAAAGGUCCUCGCACGGCGGAAGUCAUUCAGGAGGCCAAGCGACUGUCGAAACAAAGACCAAAACAGCAACCGUAUCAGUGCAUAAGGUUCCCGAGACUACUACUAAAGUUACCGGGUCGCAUGUUAAGCCUAUUAAGGAAAUCAAAGCAGGCGUCGUUGAAGAAGAGGAAGUGGUUGUUAAGACGACUAAAGUUACCGGGUCGCAUGUCACGCCUACAGAAACUAAGACGGAUACUCGUAGCGAAACCGUCGUAGAGGAGGUCGAAGUAGUUAGUAAACCUUCGGGUAAAGUAACUGUUGAAACUCACGGCAAAGCGACAAGCUCAUCAGCGGUGGGAGGCAGCAUUGAAUCAACAGGCUCGUCUACAAAAGUUACUGUCACUAAAAAACCUGCUGAAAAAACAACGACUACUACCUCUGACGGAACCGUGGUCACCACGGUCGAAGAAGUUAUAGUUACUGAAGAAGUAACCACAACGACGGAGGAAGGACAUCUUGAUUCUGAAUUGAUUGUUUCCGGCGCAGCCUAUCAAGCACUCCGUAAGUUUAAAUGCCAACGCAACAAAGUCAAGACAACUAGUGCAUAUGAUAAGACGGAAGCAGUUGAGAAAGUUUCGGUGUAUGCUAAAGCGGAAGUUGACAAACUCGUUGCUAAGAAUGAGACCCAUAAUAAAGAAGAAGUCUCGAACCGAGCAGUUCGUGUUGCCCGAUUCCUUCUUGAGAAUUAUUAUGAUGAUGUAGAUGACUGCAAAUGCUUUGAAAAAGAGAAGUAG